UAAAACAUAGUUUUAAACUAAUUACAUUUAUUUAUACAAAAUAAAUUUAUAUAAUACUCAUCACAUGGAUGCUAUUUCUAAUCACAUCUGGACUUUAAAAUCGUUGUAAAAUUGUAAAAUAUUUUAUUUAAAGUGGAAAAAAUGUCCGAAUUUCCCAUCGUUUCGGUGAUUUUAUUAUUAUUAUUUACUCUGAUAGCUCAAUGUAAUGGUGGAAUUUGUUUUAAUGGAGGAAGAUGCGUAGGAAGAUCGAAUGUUUGUGUUUGUCCUUCUGGCUAUCAUGGUCCAAGAUGUCAAUAUGAUGUAAACGAAUGUUUACAAAAUAAUGGUGGAUGCCAUCACGAAUGUCGAAACAUAAUUGGUAGCUAUUAUUGCGUUUGUGGACCAGGAUAUCAGUUAUCAGCUGAUGGACGAACUUGCGUUGAUAUCAACGAAUGUUUAACGUAUAACGGCGGCUGUCAACACAGAUGUCGUAAUCAUGAUGGAGGAUACACAUGUGAAUGUAAACGAGGACAAAAAUUGCAUUUUGAUGGGAAGACAUGCAUUGACGUUAGUCGCUGUCAAGUCAACAAUGGAGAUUGUGAACAUAUAUGUGAAGAGAAUCAAGGUCGAGUCCGUUGUAGAUGCAAAGAAGGUUAUAAAUUAAAAAAUGAUAGAAAAUCGUGUGAAGAACUUAAUGAAUGUGCCCACGAUAAUGGAGGAUGCUCUCAUAAAUGCGAAUCAGUUGGUGGUAAAGCCGUGUGCCGUUGUUUUGAAGGUUACGAAGUUGGCCCCGAUAAGAAAACUUGCGAAGAUAUCGACGAAUGUUCUAACUUUAGUCCGUGUGGUCAUAUAUGCCACAAUACACCCGGAUCAUACGCGUGUAUGUGUCAUCCACCUUAUCAUUUGGGUAACGAUGGACACUCGUGCUUUCGAAUAGAUAUGGAAGUAAUUAACUCGUGUGCUGAUAAGAAUGGAGGCUGUGAUCAGAUUUGUAGACACGGUCCAGGAGGUCCGGUUUGUUCCUGCCGUCACGGUUACCAAUUGGACACAGAUGGAAAACAUUGCAAAGAUUUAGACGAGUGUGAAGAGGACGUUGCUUGUUGUACACAAAGCUGUACCAAUACUCCAGGUGGUUAUUCCUGCGCGUGCAGAUUUGGUUAUAAAUUAAACAGGAAUGGAUGCAGUUGCGAUGAUAUCGACGAAUGUCAAAGAAACAACGGUGGAUGCGAGCAAAUCUGUGAAAACGUACCGGGAUCCUUUAAAUGUAAUUGUGUAGAAAAUUAUAGGCUGUUAGAUGAUAGAAGAAGCUGUGAACAGAUAGGAUCCCUUAACGAAAUUGGUCCAGUACGUGGUGAUUUACCGAGUCCACCAUUCAUUCCACGUAUUAGAUUCCAGACUACUCCACCUACAGUUGUACCGUUAUUGGACCAAGAAUUCAGUCAAUAUUUGGCACUAGAAGGACCCGAGAUUCGUCACACUUGUAUAAGAGGUACAUUUGGUCCUGAUUGUUCCUUAACAUGUAAUGAUUGUCAGAAUGGUUCAAAGUGCAAUUAUCGAGCAACAGAAUGCAAGUGUUUGCCAGGUUUUCAUGGAGUUAUCUGUAACGAAACAUGUCCUGAGGGAACAUAUGGAGAAGGAUGUAAUUACGUCUGUACUUGUCAGAAUGGAGGUACUUGUGACUCAGUUACUGGAGAAUGCUACUGUCCACCGGGCAUACAAGGAAAGAAUUGUGAAAAUGGAUGUCCUCCUGGUAAAUAUGGAGAAAAUUGCGAUAAACCCUGUCCUCAUUUGUGCUCCAGUGGGCAUUGUCAUAAAGUAUUCGGAUAUUGUGAGUGUAAUCCUGGAUUAUUCGGACCUCAUUGCAACAUUCAAUGUCCAGAAAAUACAUUUGGACCCAACUGUCGAGGGCAAUGUAAAUGUGUUAAGAAUCACACUAAAAAAUGCAACCCCAAAAAUGGAAAAUGCGAGUGUAAACCAGGAUAUUUGGGCACGAAAUGCGAAAGGCCAUGUCCUAGAAAUCAAUGGGGACACGGGUGUCGUAGGAUAUGUAAUUGUCCUUACAACACGACUUGCGAUUCUAGUACGGGAGCCUGUUUAAGAAAUUGUCCUCCUGGGAUGACGGGUUCCGAUUGCGAUUUAGCGUGUCCUGAAGGUACUUACGGAUCAAAUUGUCUAUUAAAUUGCGCUUGUGGUCCGAGAGGAUGCGAUCCAACAACUGGAACUUGUUUAUGUCAACCUGGCAAAAUGGGUGCAAAUUGCAAAGAAACUUGCCCUCCCGGUAGAUUUGGUGCUAGUUGCUUAAAAACAUGUCUAUGCCAGAAUGGAGUUUGCGAUCCCGUUAAUGGCAAAUGCAGAUGUCCACCGGGUUUUCAUGGAAAGUUAUGCGAAAAGGAUUGCCCUCCUGGAUUUUAUGGCGAUUGUCUCUCUCCAUGUCAAUGCGACAAUGGCGCAGAAUGUAAUUCUGUAACAGGAAGAUGCAAAUGCACAUCCGGAUGGACAGGUUAUCAUUGCAAUCAAGCAUGUAGUCCUAGUCGAUGGGGUCCUUAUUGUCAGUUUAAGUGCCAAUGUAGUAACGGUGGAGAUUGCGAUUCCGUUACAGGGCAAUGUAUCUGUCCACCUGGAUGGCAAGGGAGCGAUUGUGAAGAAGAAUGUUCAUCCGGUAAAUAUGGUGAGAAGUGCGAAAGAGAAUGCCAAUGCGAGAAUGGUGCCUCUUGCGACCAUAUAAGUGGUGCAUGUAUGUGUAAACCAGGUUGGAUAGGUACUUUCUGCGAACGACCCUGUCCCAUGGGCUACCAUGGCAUGGAAUGUCGACUCCAUUGCAACUGUAGCAUAUCUAAUGGAAAAUGUGACCCAGAAACCGGUGAAUGCCUCUGCGAUUUAGGAAUAAUAGAUCCUAAUUGCAAAUCGGCUUGUCCUUCCGGUUAUUUUGGAGCAAAAUGCCAAGAGAAAUGCCUGUGUCAAAAUGGUGCCAAGUGCGAUCCUGUAAUUGGUGCCUGCCAUUGUUUACCUGGUUGGUUUGGUGAAAAAUGUGAAUUGUCUUGUCCCGUUGGAUUUUAUGGUGAAAACUGUGAUAAUUUAUGUUCCUGCCUGAAUGAUGCAGAGUGUGAUAGUACAAACGGAAGUUGUUAUUGUAAACCUGGAUUUAAAGGAAAUAAUUGUGAAGAUGUCUGUGAUCCUGGUUAUUUUGGUAAAAACUGUAGUCAGAUUUGCAAUUGUGCCGAUGGCGAUUCUUGUCAUCACGUAACUGGAGAAUGUUAUUGCCCUCCUGGUAAACAUGGUGAGAGCUGUGAAAAAGUUUGUCCAAAUGGUAAAUAUGGAGAGGGAUGCAAAAAAAACUGUAAUUGCUCAUCAGAUAGACUAUGCAAUCCAGUAAAUGGAAAGUGUUACUGUAAACUUGGUUUCUGGGGUCAAAACUGUGAUAAAACAUGUAAACGCGGUUUGUAUGGCCCUAAUUGUUUAAAGAAAUGUACUUGUGAAAAUAGUGCAGAAUGCGAUGCCGAAACAGGACAGUGUCAUUGCUCUGCUGGAUUUUUUGGACCCACUUGCGAGAAGAAAUGUCCUCCUAAUCAGUAUGGCCGUAACUGUGACAAAGUAUGUUUUUGUUCUGGUGGUUCCUGUGAUUCACUUACUGGUCAGUGUAAGUGUCCCCCUGGACUCAGUGGAAAAUAUUGUCAUAAAAAAUGUGAAGAAGGUUUAUAUGGUGAGAAUUGCAAUAAUGUAUGCAACUGUGUACGAGGACAUUGUAAUCCUACAAAUGGAGAAUGUAUCUGUCCACCUGGGUAUUCUGGAUCAAACUGUGAUGAAGAAUGUCCUACAGGUACAUUUGGUCCAGAUUGCCAAUUUAAGUGUGAUUGUAAUAAUGUCAAUAGCUGUGAUAAAAUAACUGGAAGCUGCAAUUGUCUGGAUGGAUUUAUAGGUAGCAAAUGUGAAAAAGAUUGUCCUGAUGGAUGGUUUGGACAUUCUUGUGCUUCAAAAUGUAACUGUUCAAAUAAUGGAACAUGUGAUAAACAUACAGGAGAAUGCAUUUGUCCUUCAGGAUUUGAAGGCUCAAAAUGUCAAUAUGGUUGUAAAAUGGGAUUUUUUGGAACUGGAUGUAGAAGAAUGUGUGACUGUGAAGGUCUGCCUUGUCAUCCAGUUACUGGGAAAUGUUUGUGUCCUCCCGGCUUCACUGGCCAACACUGUUUAACCUCAUGUAAACCUGGUACAUAUGGUCCCAAUUGUUCUCAUCAUUGUGAAUGUCAGAAUGGUGGGAGUUGUGAUAAAGAAAUGGGAAAGUGUACUUGUAUAAAUGGUUGGAUGGGUGCAAAAUGUGAAGAAAAAGCAGAAGUACAUCUACAUCCUGAAGAAACUAGUUAACAAUUAUGUUUUAUGAACUAUAAAGAAAUGCCAACAGUGCCAAAAACAGAGAUAUGCACAAGAGGAGUGGAUCAAAGGAAAGAAUCUUUAUUAAAUAUUUUAGAAAAAAUAUUUAAUUUCUUCCAAUCAAUGCAAGUAACUAUGUCAAAAUAAAUUGGUUUAUUAUAACCAAUGCUGUUAUAUAAAAAGUAUUUAAAGGCAUAAAAUAUUUGUGCCGUAAAAUCUGCAAUUGCUGUUAAUGUGCCUUUGUUAGAUAAUAUUUAAUUUAAAGAUAAAUUUACUGAAAUAUGCUAAAAUAUAUAUAAACAUAUAUUUUAACUUGUUGAGUAAAAAAAA